AUGCCGUCUACUCGCCAGUCUCUAGGCAAUGCGCAGCCUGGCGACACUGCCACCAAGCCGUCCCUCAAGGACAUCCCUUCGGAGCGCAACCGCAGGGAGGUCGAAUCGCUGUGCAAGAAGUGGGAGGUUUCCCUCGCCAACUUCCUCGCCUUCUUCGGCACCGAGACCCUCACUGCCAAAUUCCUCUCCGCGCUACGCGAUCUUCGCGCACGAGUGCCAUGGAACACGGCAAAGCAUUCCCUGGACGAGGCGAUAACUAGCCGCUUGGAAAAAGCUGGCCUCGGGCCGUUGUCAUCCCCACCUCCUUGGGUCGCGGACGAUGUCAAAGCUGCAAUUGCCCAGAUAGAUGCAUCGCGCCGCACCUCCAAUGGCACAGUAGGCACCAGAUCAUCUCGUUCUUCGGCUGUGAUGCCGCCAGCUAGUCCCAGCUCCAGCUCCAGCGAUGCCGAUUCAAACCUCGAACAGGCCAACGAAGCCAACCCAACCGCGGCAACACCCGAACCCUCGCGGAAGACAGCUGCCACCAGGGGAGCAUUACGAGUAUAUGGAUCCGCCUCGUCUCGUCGCGAUGCAAAGACAGUCCGGAUGGUUAAGCACACGUCUCAGACAACCACGACUGAACUCUCCACCUCGGCCACCAACUCCAGCAACCAACCGUCGUUGUCAUCGACCCGGAAGCGGUCUUCUGGGACCGCCGACCUCGAGCUCCCUCCUGCGAAACGAUCCGAGCCCUCUGCUGGAAAGCCUACGCGAUCCUCCCGCCGAUCCCUCAACAAGGAAGCGAGCCCUGUCGCAAACUCCUCCCCUCUUUCUUCAGUCUCGUCCACGAAAGUCGGUUUGGAAGGCACGCCAGAUACGGGCCAAAAUGGCCGUCCGACCCCAUCCAAAACGAGCGGCGCAACGGCAGAGGCCGAGAAUGAGCCCACGAAAAGUUCCAACUGGCUUGCCGAUGGCCUGGCACCCGACAAGCAGCAGGACGAGGAUAUAAUGUAUCGCCUCAUCUCUGCGCUUGCGACGUGUUCCACCAGGCGAGACGGUCUGACUGUGGUCAUCCACCCUCUGAUCUUGGCCGCGUCGAACACGCCUACCGUUCGCGAGCUCAAGACCAUGCUGUCUGAGAAGCACCCUGACAUUCUGCUCUUACCAAUGCAUCUUCGUGGCCACUGGGUGCUUGUCAAGGUACAUCCCGAGACACACCGUGUGGACCUUCUCGAUUCCAUGCCCUCCCUGGAUAACCGGACGAAAGCUGGCGAGAUCUUUUCCCGUUUCGCUCGCAACUAUCUUGGUCGCUCUUCAAGCUCCUGGCAGAUUGCAGAAGUUUCUUGCGCCGAACAAGACGACGAGCGCAACAGCAGCGUAUUCGUCGCUGCCAACGCCAUUUAUAUACUCGCGGGACAGACACCGCCCAGUACCCUCGCAGCCGACCCGUGGCGCAAAGCUUUCUUGCUCUUCGCUGAUGAGCAGCCUGCCGAAAAGGGCGCGUUUGCCGAGUUCCUGAAUCUCCCCGUUUUUGACGACGUGCCGACUACUCAGCCAAUAGCCGGGGAUGACAUUGCCACGUUCCACGAACUGCGCAAGACGUGGUCGACACAUUUCGAAGGCAGAAUCGCCACCUUGUCUGCCAGCAUAGCCCAAAUGAAGCAACUCGAAGAGAUGGAGACAGUUUUUUCAGCGCUCAUGCAGGAGCCCGACGAUACGGUAGCCGAUCCUACAAUCAAGGCCAAUGCGGAGUUGGAGAGGUUGGAGCAAGACCUCAACAAUCAUGAACGGCAGCUAGAGCUCCGUCUCGAACUCAGCCAACUUCCUGGCUGCGAGUCGGAGACACAAAAUCUCUCCCCUCUGCGAGAAAAGGUUGCUGGCCUCAGGGCUAGUUUAGAGGAAGGAAAAGCCCGCAAAGAGGCACGCCUCCGUCUAGGCUCCAUCAUCGAGAUAUUGCGGGAACAAAACGAGGAUGUCAAGCUCGCUUUGACAGACCUAGGGGGGAAACUGGCGCAGUAUAGAGAUCUCUACAUCGGCACGGCUGCUACGGACAUCUGA